UUCUCUCCCCUCCCGGCCUCCGGCCGCGCGCUGGCUGGGCUCCGCAUUGCACACUCUGGGGGAACCGCAGUGUGCAUUCGUGGGAUGGGGCAGCGGGUUGCUGGAAGCUCGAACCGAAGCGUGGCUUUGUUGCAAUUUCUAUCCAGUAAAAAAGAGCCCCUGAUCCCAGGAUCUCUGCAUGAGUGAGGCCCCAGUCUGCAAUGGAACCUUGGCCUGCACUGGCCUGGGCACUCCUCCUCAGCCUUCUGGCCGACUGUCUGAAAGCUGCCCAGUCCAGAGACUUUACGGUGAAAGACAUUAUCUACCUCCACCCUUCAACCACCCCUUAUCCUGGUGGAUUUAAGUGUUUCACUUGUGAAAAGGCAGCAGACAAUUAUGAAUGCAACCGAUGGGCUCCAGAUAUCUACUGUCCUCGAGAGACCAGAUACUGCUACACUCAACACAUCAUGGAAACCACUGGAAACAGCAUAUCAGUCACCAAACGUUGUGUGCCUCUGGAAGAAUGCUUGUCUACUGGUUGUAUAGAUUUAGAACAAGAAGGACAAAAGGUCUGUACUUCUUGCUGUGAAGGAAAUAUAUGUAACUUGCCACUGCCCCGGAAUGAAACAGAUGCAAUAUUUGCCACAACAUCCCCCAUCAAUCAGACAACUGGCCACUCCCAUCAUAUGUCAGUAAUAAUGUCAUGUUUGUGUCUGUUACUGGGAUUAACCUCCUAAUGACUCUGAGGUGCCAUUUAUUUAGUAAACUAGGAAAAUCUGGAAGGAAGAUGCAUCCCUACACAUGCCAUUGGCCAAACUAUAGCACGUUUAAAAUUAUAUUACUUAAGGAUGUUCCAGUUACUAAGACUUUUAGGUGUUUGGGGACAUGCCAGCCAAAUAUUACAGCUUCAAGUUAGGAAAGAAAAAUUUUUCCAUUAUGAUCAUCCAUCUUCCAAAGCCCUCUUCCAAACCAGUCUGUUCCCAGCAUGAGUAUCUGAGUUUUGUAUGACAAAGCCUUUUCUCCUCUCUGAUCUGGUUCUACAUUUAUUUAGCUGCAACCAUCAAUUCAUAUUUAGAUUUCCUUUUUAGUUUUAAUGGAAAGGGUAUAUGGUUUUCCUAGAAGCCUUUUGCUUGGAUAUCUGGAAGGGUUACAUUACUUUAUAAAAAUAAGAAUUAUAAAAAAAACAAACACAAUACCCCACAGAAAUGAUUUAUCUGAGGAUCAAGUCCAUCUCUGAACAUUUUUAAUCUUACUCAGUCCUGUGAGAGGUAGUAAGAAUUAUAAAGAUAUUGGUGUAUAUGGAGAACAUUUGAGAGAAAAACUUUGCCCCAAUAUAUCUGGGUCAAAUAUUUAUAUUAUGAUAUACUUGGCCCUGUGUAUGAGACUCUAAAAGUGAUGGAAAUUCUAGCUUCUGUCCAUUUUUGUCACAUCAAGGAUCAAUCAAGUAUUUAUUAAAUGCCUAUUCUAUGCCAGGCACUGGAGAUAGAAAUAAUGAAACAAUCUCCCUACCUGUAAUGAACUUAUAAACUACAUUUUAAUUGAAGUCUCUGUGUAGGGUUCUCAUAGCAAGAAUGAAAAGCUGCUAGUUUUUUUCCUGUUUCUGAUGCCAGUAGAGCAGAGGCUGAAGGAAAGAAGAGCUUGAUGGAUAGCACCAUUCCCCCUGAGCUCAGUAAAAUGCUCAGUCAUCCCUCUCCUCAUGCACAGGGAAGACUAAAGCCCAUGAAAUAUCAGUGGGGUCACCCUUCCACCUGUAGUUUUCCUACCACUGAAUUCCUAUUAUCUUCACAGAGAAUUUCUAAGUAGAUGAUGGUAGCACUAGGACAGAAUCAUUGGUUUAUAUUUGUGGACUGGGAGGCAGGGAAAAAUAUUGGUUAUGAGUAGUGGGGAAAGGUGCUAUAGGGAGUAGGUAUAAAGGGGCCUUAGCAAUUGCAAACUCUCAUUUUGGGGGGAUGUUUGCUCCUGAGGUAGAGGGUGAAGUUUUCACCAUCUUUAUAUUUUUUGACAUUCUAUGUUGCUAUUUUUCUUAUUUUUUCUUGUAAAUCAUUUAUACAA